UUGAGAAAAUCAAGUUUCGGUCAUUCUCGAACGAACAAUACUUUAAAAUCGACUUGAAAAGAAUCACUUGAUAGCCUGAAGUUUACUUGAACGAUUUUCUAGCAAGAAACUUAUGUUUUGUGUGAAUAACGAGGGACAGUGUUUGCAUAAAAUGAGAUUUUAAUGAACAACUCGACACAGUACAAAAGGAAGCCCAAUGUGAUAUAUUGAAGUCCUCGAAGCGGAAGCCAUGAAAUGGUCAAAAGCACUUUCUCUUGGUGAUUUAAGACUAGAAGCCGGUGACUGUAAAGGUGCAAUAAAAUAUUUUAAAAAGGCCCUGGUGAUUGCACAAAAGAAUGGAUCUAAAAAGGAAGAAUCAGAGUCUGAUGCACGACUAGGCAGCGUUUACCUUGAAAUAGAAAAUUAUCACGAAGCUGUUGAAUACUAUGGGAAGGGACUGGAAAUAGUACAAGAGACUGGUGACAAGAAACUAGAGUGUGAGAUUUGUUGUCACAUUGGUGAAGCGUGUGAAAAACUGGGAGAUUAUAAAAAGUUCAUGGAGUAUUCAAAACAAGGCUUCAAAGUUGCAAUUAGAAUCGGUGACUCUAGUCUAAUAGCAAUGUCGUAUAGAGGUCUUGGGCGUGCUUACCAUUGCCUGUGUGACUGUCAAAAUAGUAUUAAGUGCUAUAAAAAAGCUAUUUAUUUGUACAAACAACUAAAAAAUGACAAAGGAUUAGGGAUUUGCUAUUCAAACAUGUCAUUAUUGUAUCAAAUGCAAGGAAAGUUCCAUGAUGCAAUUCGUCUAAGAGAGGAGAGUUUUCUGAUAACUGUUAAAACUGGAAAUAAGGAAAGUCUAGCAGCUGAAUUAAAUAACUUGGGAACAAUGUAUGCAAGGCUGAAUAACAUUAAUAAGGCCACAGAAUUGUUGCAAAAAUGUCUUACUAUCAGCAAGGAGAUCAAUAGCAAAG